GGCGGGGCGCCACAUCUGGGCGGGGCAGCCCCCGGCAGGGACACGGACACGGGCAGGGCAGGGCAGGGCAGAGCAGAGCAGAGCAGAGCACAGCGGAGCGGAGCGGAGCUGCCCUGCCACGCCACCAUGCCCAAGUGCCCCCGCUGCCAGAAGGAGGUCUACUUCGCUGAGAAGGUUACUUCCCUGGGGAAGGAUUGGCACCGACCCUGUUUGAAGUGUGAGAAAUGUAACAAGACCUUGACUUCAGGAGGCCAUGCAGAGCAUGAUGGCAAGCCCUAUUGCAACCAGCCUUGUUACUCCGCUUUGUUUGGACCCAAAGGAUUUGGCCGGGGAGGUACUGAGAGUCACACAUUCAAGUAAACCUCAGGUUUUGGUGGACAACAUUUCUAUUGAAGCCUGAAGACAACAGCAGCAUCAUGACAGACAUGCUUUUUAAUCACUAUGUAGUAAACCAGCAUGUUAAAAGCAAUACAAUACUUAAAGGAACUGAGCUGUAAGAAUCUCUGUAUCAAUCAGGAAAUGUUGGGGGUGAGGGAGGAUGGGAGGGGUAGUGGUGUGAAGUCAGAGUGGUACAGGAUGUGAAAAUUAGUCAAAAUCACCUUCUGUAAAGGACAAGAGUCCCUGCCAACCCUGCUUCCACAACCUGCCUUUCUAUCAAUAAUUAUCCUUAGAGGUAUUUUCAGCUAGCAAUAAAGCCAAAAUGAAAAACA